GGUGGCCGGAUACAGGAAUUCCCGUGAGCGGGCUGGCUUCCGGUCAAAUUCUGCACGGAGCUGAGCAGCGAAGGAGGACUCGGAGGCACAGAGCGCACAGGGCGGGAAAACGAGAGGCAGAAAUGGGACGCAGGAAGUCAAAAAGGAAGCCCCCUCCUAAGAAGAAGAUGACCGGAAACCUUGACACCCAAUUCACCUGUCCCUUCUGUAACCACGAGAAGUCCUGCGAUGUGAAAAUGGAUCGAGAACGGAACACGGGAGUCAUCUCCUGCACGGUCUGUCUGGAGGAGUUCCAGACGCCCAUAACAUACCUCUCGGAGGCCGUAGACGUCUACAGCGACUGGAUUGAUGCCUGCGAAGCUGCUAACCAGUAGCAGGACCUUUCUCCCCGUUAACACCAGUAAAUCCCACAGCCUCGCGGCUUGCUGUCCCUUCACGUCCCGGUCUGUCGAGUCUCACCACCCGCGCCUCGAGGGGAGUCGAUCGGCGAGAUACGCAGGAUUAGAAAUACGGAGCCUGUGUAGUCGUCAUUAAAGGACCACAGAUGCUACUAAAAAAAAUAAAGAAAAGAAAAGUAUAUUUGGGGGGCGCAGUGUUUGUCCAGAUUACUAGAAAGUGUUUUUGUUUUUUUUUUGUAAAAUAGUAGCAAAGCCAAAUUAUGUGAUAAGUUUUAUUAUUUUUUAAUCAAGAAGUCUGUCGGCAAAGGGAAAGCCCGUGAUCUCUGUGCAUCAUAAUAUUUAUGUGCAUUUCUUUAUUCUGAUUUUUUUUUAUUUUUAUCGAAAUUAAACUUCCACGGCUGCGCAUAUUUUCACGAGUUCAAGGUGGGGGUCGUGGCUUUUACACACUUGAGAACACGUUUAUGGGAAGCAAGUAGAGACAAUCUUUUCUUUUAUUUUGUCUGAAACGGACGCACGAAUUGUCCUUUGGGUUAGGAAUCACAUUAGUUUUUCUGUCCGUAAAUCCGGGGGGCCGGAGCUCUGGGCGAGCGGCUGCUUUACUUCGUACGGCAAACGCUUAUCGGGACUCCGGGCUCUAAAGCUUCUCAAUGAGACGGAUAUUGAGACGGUCUGGUGGAUAUUUUGUGAAUACUUGUUAUAAAAUGACCUCUUUGGAAA